ACAAAACUCGUCAAUCGUAUUUGCAGCCUCAUUAGCAACGGCAAGAUGAAAUUCGUUUUACUUUUCUUAGGCCUGGUGGUCAUCACAGCACCCACAUAUGGCCAAUUUCCGAGGACACGUCAGGUCCAUCCUUACUCCCUCGAUAACGUUAACAAGCAAGUCGAGAACGAUCUACAAUCUAUACAAGCUAACUCAAUCUUGCCUGGCCUACAAUUAUAUUUGCCCAGCUGGUUAAAAAGAUGGCUCCCGGAUAUCGAUAGAAUCCUUUCUUCGUCCCUGAACAUUUUGGAGGGAAUGCCUGCCAGUGUGGUAUCCAGCUCAAUCAACAAAAUUUGUAGUGUCGCCAUUACCACAGGAUUCCUUAAACCAUCAUAUUCGAUCCCCGAGCAGAGAGUUGCGCUGGAAUUGUACACUGGAAAUGAAGUCGUGGAAUUCCCUGUUGGAGAUGUCACACGUUUGUUGAGCCACAGUGGCUAUAAUGGUAACAAAAACAUAACCAUCUUCGUAACCAGUUGGGGAGCUAAGAGUGAUGAACAGGAUAGAGAUAAUAUCGUAUACGUUUUGGCUCAAGCUUACAAGAAACGUGGCACAGACAACUUCAUUCUCUUCGAUGUCAGCGACUUUGUGGAUACUAUCUAUCACUGGUUGACCCUUGAUACAAGAUCAAUUGGCCGAGUUUUGGGAGAUGCCAUUGUUCGCUUAUCCAGAAAUGUUCCAGUUUCAAACAUUCACAUCAUUGGCCAUGAUUUAGGAGCUCAUAUUGCUGGAAAUGCCGGACGACGAGUUCAAGAAGUCAAGCGUCAGCAGAUUGCCCGAAUAACUGCUUUGGAUCCUCCAAAGAUUUGUUACGAUGACUCAGAUGGAUUUUAUGGAAUACAGCCAGGCGAUGCCGAAUUCGUUGACGUGAUCCAUUCGAAUAAUGAUGUAUUGGGAAAAAAAAACCCUGUCGGAGAUGCUGACUUCUAUCCAAACGGUCCAAUUUAUUUGCAGCCAGGUUGUUAUGAUGUCGUAUGUUCUCAUAAGCGGGCUGUUCUCUACUAUGCAGAAUCAGUGGUCCCAGGUGCGGAGCGUAAUUUCUUGGCUCAAAAUUGUCCUUCUUUGAGUAACAUGAAAAAAGAAAAUUGCCGUGGUAUGAAAAUCCCUAUGGGAUUAGCUACUCCACCGUCUGCCCGAGGUCCUUACUUUUUGGAAACUAACAAGGAACCAUCAUAUGGAAAAGAUGCAUCUUCGGACUACCCAUAUGGUCAAUCAACUGUACUCUCAGCAUCCAAUGCUAAUGAUGAAGGGGCUAAUACGAAUGCUGAUCAAUCACUCAAUGAAAAUUCAGAGCAAGCCGUGUAACCAGUUAUAAUCUUAAAAGUUCCCAAUGAAAUUUCCUUUUUACCAGCAAAUGUUUAACUGUAAUUACAUAUAAGAGACGAAUAAAGGUUAAAAACCCAGCA